AUGGGGGCAACACCAUUCCAUCACUCUAUCCUCGAGGUCCGGCUACCGAAGCACUUCGAUAAGCCAACGGAUAUGAGGUAUGAUGGGACCCAAGACCCGCAAGAGCAUCUGACAGCCUUCGAGGCCAGGAUGAAUCUGGAAGGGGCGAGCGACGAAGUGAGAUGUCGUGUCUUCCCCAUCACCUUAGCAGGCGCGACAAUACGUUGGUUCAAUGCCCUCCCCCAAGGCUCGGUGACGACCUUCGGGGACAUCACCCGUGCCUUCCUAGCUCAGUUCACCACACGUAUCGCUAAAACGAAGCACCCGGUUAACUUGCUCGGGGUAACACAAAGGACCGGCGAACCGACCAGGAAAUACCUAGAUAGGUUCAAUGACGAGUGCUUAGAGAUCGACGGCCUAACUGACUCGGUGGCCAGCUUGUGCUUGACAAACGGGUUGCUGAACGAGGAUUUCAGGAAAUACCUUACCACUAAGCCCGUGUGGACAAUGCAAGAGAUUCAAAACGUGGCCAGGGAGUAUAUCAAUGAUGAAGAAGUUAGCUAG